UCGUGUGGUUGAUUAAUGUAUCAUUAUUAACAAUUUUGUGCGUGUUUUAGUGUUACUGUAAAAUACAAUGGCCACAGUCACCAAGAAAAUUUGUAAGCAACAAAUCUAUUGUGAGAUAUCCGAGGCGAGCUUCGUGACAAGCGUGGAAGAGUCGAACCGGGUGGACCAAUGCACACAGACGCCACCUAGCGGGAAGGGCAAGCCUCGCACGCUGCAGAGGUUCAAAGUGAACGUGACUGACAGCCCAACGAUCUCAAUCACACCGCCCCACAGCCUAGACUACGCCCCCAAAGCGGGGUGGGGCAGCCCCAACGGCAGCGCGACCCCCAACGGAAUGGUCUCCAGCCGGUCGGGGGCCACCACCGUCCUCCUGAGCCCUGGCUACCUGCAGGGCCCUUGCCAAUGUAACGCGUCUAUUAAGGUACGUGACUGA